AUGGGCCAGCAUAUUAAGGAGACACUGCCAUAUUGCCCGGGUUGUGACAGGGAGAUUUGGAAGCAUAUGGUCAUUUCCCAAGAAAAUGAGCAUCGCGAGCGUCAUUUGUCCGGAGAUAUUUGCUGUAGCGUGAUUUUUCCGGGCGAACAGCGGGAAACAAAGAGGGAGAGGGGGUCUAAGGGUGAGGUAAUGGAGGCUAAGGACAGUGUAAGCGAGGCAGGAACGGCCAGACGUGGACGUGACCAGGUUGCUAUUCGGCCACAUCAACGAAAUGAUGGGUUCAAGCGAGGUCCAAGUACUGGCCAGAGAUUCGAGUCUGUCGAAGAAACGAUGAAGAGUGGAAGAAUUGAUCUAAGAGACCAUUGGACGGAGGAAGCUAGGGCUGUGGCUUAUAAUUAUCAUAGAUAUCAGACUGGUGCUCGUAAGGGACAGGCUUCCGGGCAAGGACCGAACCCAGGAGUAUUUGGACCACGAUCAAGAGGACGUAGUCCUGCUCAACCAGGUGGUAAUUUGGAAGAACAUGGUGCUGAUCCAAUGCCAAUGGCAAGUCACCAUCAACAUCACUCUCGACAGUCCACAGGAACUGCUCGAAUCCCACAAGGACCUAAAGCUAUGGGCUAUCAGCAACAUCAGCACAGCUCAACUGCCUCACUUCCUUCAAUGUCAUCCCGAGGACCAAAGCAUCCAAUGUACGAACCACCACCAUAUCACUGGACACCGCCCAUGAACGAGAAUCCGUCCAACCUGCAAUCACCAAUUCUCUUCAACCAAAACAUCUUCGUCCAACCAAAAUCUACCGGAUAUUCUUCAAGUGGCCUUCCUCCGGCUGCACCGCACGACCUCUCUCAUUUGACCCCCUUCCAAUUCCAUCAAUACAUCACAUCGGGCGCCGUUGGUUAUCUACCUCCACCACCGCCUCCUCUCUCUUCCCUUACCGAUCCUAACGCAGUUUUGGCUUGUCAAACUAAUUAUUCGCCUGAAACUCCCUUCCGAGUUAUGACAGAAGCACCUCCUCCAUCGCCAGCCACGGCCAAAACACCAUCGGCUUACAGUCCAAAGGAUACUGCGCCAUCCACUGCAGUCCCAAGUCCAACACUCCAGCCAAUUCUGACCGGUAGACGAUUCAAGAUUUCGGAUCAAGAGUUCCAUGGACAUCCCGUCGGAGUGGGUAGCCAUGGGCUAAGAAUUCGAUCUUCACAAUCCGAGCCACCGUGCAAGACCGACUUGAAAGCUAUGGCGGACUUGCUUGACAAUGACUCGGCCGAUGAGCAUUGGGCCUGCGAUACUCUUGAUGAGGCCACCCACAAUGGAAACGCCACGAGUAAUAAAAAGCACAACGAGCCUGUUAUCGUCAGCAGCAAUAUGGCUUGA